CUGGUGAUGCACCAAUCACAGUGCGCCUUGCCCUAUAUAAGGCCUUCAGGCCCCGAGGCGCUUUAUGCUGCUUCUGGUGGUUGCCAUUUUGUUUGUCGUUCUUCGUGCAAUGUUGGAGACGGCUCCUGCGGCCACAUCGGACACUGCUCUGGUUCCUAUGGAGAAUCCGCUAGCUAAGAAGAGAGGGAGGAGGCCGGGGGUCCUGCCAGGCUCAAGUCGCAAGGCCUCGAGCCUUUCCGUGUCCAAGCUGAUAACGGAGGCGCUGUCGGUGUCCCAGGGACGAGCAGGCGUGUCGGCGGCCGCACUCAAGAAGGUGCUGGCGGCCGCCGGCUACGACGUGGAGAAGAACAACAGCCGCAUCAAGCUGGGCCUCAAGAGCCUGGUGAGCAAGGGCACCCUGGUGCAGACCAAGGGCACCGGUGCCUCGGGCUCCUUCAAGCUCAACAAGAAGUCUAUUCCUGAGUCCACCACGAGCAAGGUCAAAAGGCCCGCUUCCGCCCAGGGGAAGAAGCUCACCUUACCCAAGGAUUCGAAGUCCCCGAAGAGUGCCAAGACCACCAAGACGGCCAAGAAGUCCCGGAAAGCGGCAGCUCCGAAAGCACCGCGGAGCGGCGGGAAGGCUAAGGGAGCCCGGGGCAAGCAGCCCGGGAGUAGCUCGGGGAAGGCUCGAGCGGGGAAGCUUCAGUCCGGGAAGGUCAAGGUCACCCAGCGGAAGACGCGUGCCAGGAAGGUAGCCUCCAAAAAGUAAACCGGAAACCGGAUGAUUCUCAACCCAAAGGCUCUUUUAAGAGCCACUCCAAGUACUUCCAAAAGGGCAUGGCACGGAGCACUGAGCUUAUAAAUAGGCCUUCACAGGGUCUAUUAAGCAAGUUCAAUUGCAAAACGUGUGAAGUCUCGUCAAAUGUGUUCAAUAGGGAUUACAGUAUUUGAAGAUUAUUCUUGUGUUGUCUAAUGUGAGAGAGUUCACACAUUUACAGUUAG